UCUUAAUCAUGACAACAGCACAAGUCACCAGUGGGACCCAACGGGCUCGGCAUGAAAAUCAGCAAAAGAGUGGUUCAGCUCAACCAGUGGAUCGGCCGAAGCUAAUCCAUAGAGCUGUGACAUCAUCGGUCGGCUCCGUGGGAACUUUUCCGUCCUCAUCCAAGUCACCUUUGCUCCUCCCUCUCUCUUUGGUUCUGGAAAUCAUACGUACUACGGAGGGGUGUAUAACAAAUGCACUCACACAGGAUUGGUAUACACCAGCAUCAUGGCAGCAGCAACAGCUUCACCGGUCCGACCGCAUCAACAUGGCAUCACGGCGGGGGAUUGGCCGGAUGAGCAUCUCAGUGCCAGGCGUCGCUCGGUUGGUGGUGGCCAGGUGCAUGUUCGAGAGCAGGGAUUGGAUACUGGUGUUCGGGUGAUGGGUUUAUGACGGACGAUUGGAUAUCAAGUUUCGCGAACAGAAGCCCUGGCUGCUCAAUCUGAUUAAGCAUCUGGAACGGUACCCGACGCCCCUGCGCGGGGACCGUAGACCGUCGGUUAUGUCGAUAGAAGGACAGGACACGUUUCCCUUGCGUUUAAACGUCGUUAUCCACGUGGUGGGUUCUCGCGGUGACGUGCAGCCAUUCGUUGCGUUGGGAAAGGAGUUACAGAAGCAUGGACACCGGGUCCGACUGGCUACCCAUCUCGCCUUUCGUGAAUAUAUCAAUGAAACUGGGCUGGAGUUUUUCAACAUUGGGGGCGACCCAGCAGAAUUGAUGGCGUUCAUGGUAAACAAUCCCGGUUUGAUGCCGGAUAUGCGGACGAUUCGCAGUGGCGCGAUCCCAAAACGCCGUCGUGAAAUGAAGGCUAUUUUUUCCGGGUGCUGGCGCUCGUGCUUUGAGACUGGGGAUGGGACGGGUAUGCAUCAUAUCAAGGAGGAUCCGUGGAGUGAGGCUCUAGAUUGCACCAGCCAGCCGUUUGUCGCCGACGUGAUCAUUGCGAAUCCGCCUAGUUUCGCCCAUCUUAGCUGUGCAGAGAAGCUGGGAAUUCCGGUGAAUAUGAUGUUUACGAUGCCAUGGUCGGCGACACAGUCAUUCCCCCAUCCAUUGGCCAAUGUCCGAGCGCGUAAUACCAAGCCAUCCGUUGCGAAUUUCGCGUCAUAUGCGAUUGUCGAGGUGAUGCUAUGGGAAGGACUUGGCGACCUGAUCAAUCGCUUUCGAAAGAGGGAGCUGGGCUUGGACCCCUUGGAUGCCAUCCGGGCUCCCAGCAUCGCACAUCGGUUGCGAAUACCAUAUACCUAUCUUUGGUCUCCAUCCCUCCUCCCCAAGCCUCAGGACUGGGGUGAACAUAUCGACGUCUGCGGGUUCCAGUUUCUAGCCAGCGACACGAACUACAAGCCACCCGACGAUCUUGAUGCAUUCCUUAAAGCAGGCGACCCCCCGGUGUAUAUCGGUUUUGGUUCCAUCGUAGUUGACAAUCCCGCUAAACUGACCGAAAUUGUAUUCGAGGCUGUCCGUCUUACAGGGAAGAGAGCGCUCGUGUCGAAGGGAUGGGGCAAUAUUGGAGAAGGAAGAGCGGAGAUUCCCGAGAAUGUCAUGCUGUUGGGCAAGGUUCCACACGACUGGCUUUUCCAUCAUGUUUCAUGCGUCGUUCACCAUGGUGGUGCAGGCACCACUGCUGCCGGGCUGGUCCUGGGUCGUCCGACGGUAAUUGUACCCUUCUUCGGUGAUCAGCCGUUCUGGGGAUCGAUUGUGGCGCGCGCAGGCGCUGGACCACAGCCCGUGCCAUAUAAACAAUUGACCGCACAGAAACUAGCAGAAGCAAUCAACAAAGCUCUAGAGCCAUCUACUCUAGAAAAGGCCGAGGAGAUAGGCAAAGGCAUGCGGACAGAGAGGGGUGUGCAAAACGCCGUCUGCAGCUUUCAUCAACAUCUCGAUUUGCGCAGGCUGCGGUGCGCUAUAUGUCCCACCCGGCCGGCGGUAUGGUGGCAUAAACAUCUGCACAUCAAGUUGAGCACAUUUGCGGCAGCCGUUCUGGUAGAGGCUGGGCUUGUGGACCCGCAUAGUCUUGAACUGUAUCGCUCUAAGCAUUACGACACGAACCGCGAUCCGCGAGGACCGCUUUCCGCCAGUGCUGAGGUGCUAUAUGGGGUUGUCAGCGGUUUCAUCAGCGGCCUUGCCACUGUGCCUACAGACCUGGCUGGAAUGCUUUCCAAGGAAAACCGCAAAAGAAAGCGUCACAAUCACCAUCGCCAUAUCGGUGACCGAGAUUGGAUACAGUCACAUUGUGCCGCAGGCCUGGCGCAGGCGAAAGCACAAAAAGGGGAGGGGCCUUCCAAUUCCCAUAUCAAUGGCGCCAGUCGUCAAGACCGAUCUGAGAGCGAUGAUGGGUCAUCCGCCUCAGAACCGGGGAGUGAAAGCGAAUAUGCUUCAGCCGAGGAAGGACAGUCAGGCAGUAGUAGUGCAGAUACAGCGGUUGAUGACUCCGAUGCCGAUAACGCUGCGAAUGAACUCGAUCUUGAACGCACGCUGACUCGCAAACAAGCUACAGAACAGAAAAUCGGUGCGCAAGAGAUUCUAGCGGAAACAAGCUAUCACACCUCUAAGUUUGCCAAGCAAGUGCUUAAUUAUGCGAUCAUGUUACCCACCGAUUUGACGCUGAGCUUAGCCAAGGGCUUCCAUAACGCACCAAAGCUGUAUCAUGAUACAACGGUGCAACGGAUCCCGAGAGUACGCAAUGUGAAGAGUGGCUUUCGAGCAGCCGGGAUCGAAUUCACAGAAGGAUUCUACUAUGGCAUUACCGGCCUUCUUACGCAACCUGCUCGGGGCUUCCAGAAGUCCGGUGGUAGAGGCUUGGUAAAGGGCGUCGGGAAGGGUAUGGGUGGUGUGUUCUUGAAGCCAGCUGCAGGCAUCUGGGGACUAGCAGGCUUCCCGCUGGACGGACUACACAAGAGCCUUCGCAGUUCCCUAACAAAGAACAAGACGAAGUACAUCUUACGGUCGCGACUAGAACAAGGCAUCCAGGAGAUGUGUGCCUCAUCAGCAGAGGAGAGAGCUGUCGUGGUUAAGAAAUGGCGUGAGCUGGAAAAGAACCAUCCUCGGAAUCAGGAUGGCCACGCUCAUUAGCAAACUGCAGAUACCCUUGAGAUAUGUAAUUAUACCAUGCAUGUAUAUUAACGACGAUAUUCGUACAAAUUUGAUAUAUUUAAUGAACGACACUUGAUGCCCAUAUCCUUGGCUCACUGGACAGAGAUCUUUCCUCCACCAAUCUUGACGUUGGCCGCCCACAUACCACGACCCUUGGUCAUAUUCUGCCCAUUAUUGAAAGCAUGGAACACAAUCGCACCUCCAUCCUGGCGGAAAUCAGAGCCACCGGGACCACCAAGAGGUCCUCCGUCGCUGCUAUCCCCUGAAACCAGCAGCGGCGCGUCUGGAGCCGACGCCUUGGUGUACGGACCCGUUACGGUCGAUGCGACGGCGUAGCUAACAUCAUAUUUCAAGGUGUUGUACCAAUUUGACGAGAACGACAGGUAGUACUGGCCACCGCUCUUCACGAGACUAGGUGCUUCGACCAGGGGCCCGUCGGCAUCGUCACGAUCAAUCAACUGCACGGCGUCCCCGUCAGGAGUCACGGCAUCCGACUUCAGCUUCUGCAGCAUGAUAGGGGUGGGGUGGUACUCGCUGCCCUGGUUGAGACUGUUGCCAUCAACCUUAUACACAACAUAGUACGUUCCGUCGUCAUCUUUGAAGCCCGCAGCAUCGAUGGCGCCGCCUUUGCUCUUAUCACAGGCAAGUACAUCUUGCUCCGGCGAGUAGGGGCCGGUAACUGACGAAGAAGUUGCGGCGCCAACACA